AUGACACUCGCCAAGUGGAAAACGAACUCUGGCAACGUGGCCGACCACCUCCUGAACACCGGAGCAGACCCGGAAACAUUCGAGGAGCCGAGGACCGAAGUACUCAAGGUUCUCGGUCUGUUGUGGGAACCUGUGGGAGAUGUGUUUCGUUUCACAAUCCCCCCCGCCUCCUACAGAUUCUACACCGACUCGGCGAUCACUUUCCAUUGGGUCACAUUCGCGAACCCCGGAGCAUGGAAAACGUACGUCAGCAACCGGGUCACCGAAAUACGGGCCAACUCCAGGCCGGAGGAAUGGUUCCACGUCAAAGGCAAAAGUAACAUCGCCGACCUCGCCACUCGCGCGGCAGCUACUGAACUGAAACGCCUGUUCAACACCGUCAGGAAUCCCGACGUCCGGGAGGUUCUGAAUGGUCGAACCAUCGACUGGUCAUUCAUAACGCCGAGGAUGCCGUCUCAUGGUGGAUUCUAUGAGAGGGCUGCCGGGAUUCUAAAAUCAGCAUUGAUCAAGACCCUAGGGCGAAGCCUAAUUGGUUAUGAGGAGUUUCGUACCGUCUUAUGUGAACUCGCAGCCAUUAUCAACGAGCGGCCGUUAAUGUACGUUUCCAAUGACGCGAACGAGCCGACUUCUAUAACCCCUGCGCAUUUUCUCCGAGGUGGUUCCUUCCACCGCAGUUACGCUGGUCCGGUGCAGAAUGAUAAACUACGCAGUGACGAGUUGGCCACAGCCGACGAUCUCCGGCGAGGACUCGCCUUGAGGACGACGUAUUUCAAGAGUGUCUCUGUGCGAUGGUUCAGGGAGUACCUGUCACUCCAUCGAUCCGCAAACGCGACGCGUGGCAAGCGAUCGCCUCCAAUCCGUGUCGACGACGUUUGCAUCCUCAGAGAAGACAUCGUCGCUCGGGUACGAUGGCCGUUGGUUCGCGUCAUCGAGGCGCACGCUGGUAGGGACGGCCUGGUUAGAACCUAUACUGUGAAAUUCGCCGAUAGCCAUACAUCGCGCAGAGCCGCUCAGCUCUUGUACCCAUUGGAGGUUACAUCCGAAGAUCUUCCGAGGCUCCCUACGUCUGAUUCGAAUGACACUGUUACAGCUCCGCCGGAGUGA